AUGAGCUCUGGGACCUUCCAGCACCUCCAAGAUCUGAGGAUACUCACCCUGAGGGGCAAUAAGAUUCACCAGCUAUCUCCUCGACUCUUCGUCAAGCUCACUAAACUGAACACGUUGGAUCUAAGUGACAACAAUCUACAGAACUUGGUCCCAGAAGUAUUCAAGGAUGUCCAGGAACUCAGAACAUUUUCCUGCAGACGGUGUAAUCUGCGGAAUAUGAACCCUCACAUCUAUAGCCUUCUGUCCAACCUAGCUAACCUGGAUCUCGGUGAGAAUCAGUUCAAGUACCUUGACAAGGAGGAAUUCAGGGACUUGAAGAAGCUAACUUCGCUGAGAUUGGACGGUAACCACUUUCCGGUGGUACUCGAAGGAACAUUCGCAUUUCAAGGUCGACUUCAGCACCUGAAUCUUGGUCAAAGCCAGAUUGCUAAAGUUACCAACCACGCCUUUGACAACCUGACCGCCUUAAUCGUGCUCGAUCUCAGUUACAAUAAGCUUGACCGCCUUGAGCCCAUUACCUUCCAGCCACUAGCGUCAAAUCUCAGGUCACUCUCUGUGUCUGGUAAUAACAUUAGGGUGGAGGAGUUUAUCUUUAUACUCCAGGUUACGACAAAACUAAGGUACCUAGCAUUGGCUGAUCUGGAGGUCAAAGAAGGACUACCACUAGGCCUGCUGGCCCAUGUGGAGUCACUUAAGAAUCUGAACUUGUCAGGCAACGGCUUGACAAGAUUUCAAUACCAACUGUUAUCGGUAGUACCCAAGCUUUCGUUACUGGAUCUGUCAAGGAAUAGGCUCCAUUCUUUGGACGAGGGAUCCGUAGCACGGAUGGAAUCUAUCCCAACCGUACACCUUUACGACAACCCUUGGGCGUGUGAUCUCUGCCACAUCAUGCCCAUGCUCACUUCCAAUGCCAGCUGGAUGACAUCUGUAAUCUGCGCCAUCCCAAAUCAUCUUCGGGGCCGUUCAUUGGACAGCUUGAAAUCAGAAGAGCUGAGCCUCUGCAGCAGCGGCCUGGACUACAAGGAGGAAGGCUUCGUCGGACUAGCACUCACCCACAGGACACGUCUAGGACUGAUAGCCGCAGGUUCUGCCGUAGCGAUCCUCGUCAUUACAAUGGCUGCAGUCAUCGCAGGACUGCUGUACAACAGGAAUCAGACAACUUUCUUCUACAACAGUGAGCAGAAGUCGAAAGAAAAUCAGGAAAUGUGUAACAGCUUCGCCGCCGAAAAGAAGUUGUCGAUCGCAACCAUCGAUGAGAUCACCAAAGAACCCGAAGUUGAAGACCAAACAAAAGUUUCCUGA